CUUCCAAUACGGCUCAUUACAGCACACAACACCUUUGACUGUCGUGAAACACAUUACCACACACAAAGAUCUCUCUCGGGACAUUCUCAAAAAAUCCCAAAGAACCAAAGAAACAAUACCCCUCUAUCUUUCAUUCACACAAUACCCUCAGUCAACAUGUUACUCGAAGAAGACCCCGCGACUCUCAUCCACCAUACCAUCGAUAAUUUCAACAUCGCCCCAGACAAGGCAGCCGUGUCACGCGUCAGCGAGUCCCUCUCAACCCUCAACCAAGCGCGCGACCUCCGCAUCCGCGAGUCCGAGGCCUCGCUGCGGCGCCUCGCCCGCCAGCUCGCCGCCAUGCAGGGCCAGCACGCCGAGCUCCUCGCCGCACACCGCAGCUCCGACCACGCCGGCGCCAUAUCGCGCCUCGACACCCAAAAGUUCCGCAUCGCCAAGGCCGCCUCCGACCUCGAGAUGGACACGGAGCGGCUGUCGGGCCAGCUCGCCGACCUGGGCGCGCGGCUGACGGAGCUCGAGCUGCAGGGCGUCGACGGCGGGGACGGCAGCGCGGAAGGCGCCAGGGACAUGCUCGAGGACGAGGUGCUGCUGCGGCUGAAGGUGUACCGCAGCCUGGGCAUCGAGGUCGAGAGGGACGGGAAGGAUGGCGAGUUCUCGAGGGCCGUGGUCAGGAACGAUAGGAAGGGGGACGUCCAUGUUGUGAAUCUGGACAAGAAGUUCUCGCGCUUCUUUUAUGCAAACUACUUUUGGCAGACGCUGUAG